AUGGGAGGACCAGGUACGACUUAUCGCUAACGGACCCAUUCUAGUCCCCACUUGGUUAUUCCUGGUUUAUUUUACUUCUCAUGACCUCUUACAGUGACAAGCACAUAACAACAGCUGAGAAUUUCGCAAUGGGAAUUUUGAAUGGUUCUUUCUAUACAUCUACAUGUUAAAUUAUUUAUGAGUGCCCUCCCCGCCCAUUUUCUAGAAUACAAUAAGUGUUAGCUCAGCCAAGAAGGCAGCGUGAUCGAGCGUUUAAUUGUAAUCUGCGAGGCCUUGAGUUCAACCCACGCCCACUAGCCUAACCACUAGCUUGAUUUGUUUUCAGUCAGUAGUUCCCGAGUUCAACUCCUGGGUCAAGUUUGGGAAAAGCUAACUAGUUUGCCUCCUGCCAGUUGGAAUUCUUAACCUUUUUGGCCACAAUGAAGACUACUGCAGAGAGUUUGUUUGAAGGAUAUCGGCAUUUUGAAUUCAGGAUCAUUUCCGUUUUAAUUCUUUUUUUUUUUUUGACAAGUUGGAUAAAAAUAACAGAGAAAAUUUCCGCUUUUGAACAAAAGAAAAAGAAACGUUAACCCCGGGUUCUUUAACAGAUCAACAAGCUGGUUUGUGGAUGAUUUGAAUAAUGAUGGGCAGAGAGUUUGCUUGAAAGAUAUCGGCAUUUUGCUUCGGAUCAUUCUCUCUUGCUUGGAUAUAUCUUUCGUAAUGUUGUCUUUAACAGAGUCAAGUUGGGAAGUUGAAUAAUAUCAUUUCCUAUCCACUAUAUACAAUUAAGAUGAUUACUUAAUUCAUUAAAUUAGUUAUCUUUCUUAAACAGAGUGGUGAAAUGAAUGAUUUUUUUCUGAAACGGGGUCAGGGUUUGAAGGGCUCGGCGGCACACCUCUAUCCAAACUCCCCCGGGGGACGUUAAGCUCCAACUCAAAGAACUCAAAACCAAAUGCAGAUGACUUGUUCGCACUUUUUUUUUCCGCAUGUGCAGUAUCUGCUAUAAUAUGCCAGAAAGAUAACCUUAAAUUUUCAUAGAUAUUUUUUAAAUUUACAGAGUGAUUCUGAGAUACUAUAAAAUACGAUUUCAAUGCUUCCUUUUGGUAGAUUAUUGAAUAUAAUUUCAGGAGCACAUCUGGUAGUUUAACGAUUUUCUACCAGUAUCAUUAUAUGCUUAACAAAUAUUUUUCCAUUCACAGGGUCAAUACAAAGAAACAAAAGAGGUAAGGUGGACAUCGUCCUGUACGUAAUUGUGGACAAAACGAAUUUCAAAUUCUCGUGCGUAUCAGAUAAUGAAAAACAAGUGAUAUAAAGCCAGAGAGGUUUCAUUUGAAUCAGCUCCGGACUCUAUUUUUAUACCCCGGCACAGACUCGAAAGUUAGUGCAAUACGACAUUUCUUUAUCUAAAACAGACUCUAUUUAUACUACUAUAUUUUAUAGCACUAAUGCUGGUGGGGCCGAGCAAAUACCUGAAACAAAUAAUUCAACUUGAAUUAACAGGGGUAAGAAUCACAACUGGCCGGAGGCAAAUCAGCUGCCAGGCUAUUUACAAGCAUGGUCGAGGAUUUGAACUCGAGACUACCAUGAACAAAUCCAGCUAGCGGUCAGGGGGGACUUGAACUAGGGACCUCUGAAUUGCAAGUUCGGAGCUCUUACCACUCGGCCACGCUGCCUCCUUGAAAAUGUUCAAAUGGUUAAUAAAUUUGCAUUUUACACCAUUGGCUUUUAAUUAACAAAAUAUACUAUGGAGUGUUUUCACAUGACGUCACGGCGGCCAUAUUGGUGUCCCAAAACAAUGAAACGGCGGCCAUGUUGGUGUCCCAAACCAAUCCUCUGGGAGUUGAACUCUUUUCUAAUGCAAACGCUUUCUUUUGCUCCAAUAAAUUUGCAUAGAUGCUGGUCACGUGAGUGAAAACACUCUAUUCGAGGAAGGGAAACUAAAGAAGCAAAAAUGGCUGUUCUGCUGUGGGAAUGUACAUACUUUUCUUUCUUUCCAAUAAUUCGUCAGACUUUAUAGUGAGGAUAUAAUCAACAUAAUUAAAAGAUUUGCUAUUAUUCCAGGUUAUCUCUCGCGAACUGGAUUGUGCGUUAAUCCUGCGGAGAAUUUUAAAAUCAAGGACCCUCGCUUGAACUUCUGGGGCGUGGCUUAUGUGCUUCCAGAUGACGCUAAUCCCAAAUGCACUGAAUCUGAGUGUUCAGAGGACAGCCAUUGUGACGCUGACCGGAAGUGCUGCAAGAACUACUGUGGUGGCAUGGUGUGCACACCUACAAGUAAGUAGAACUUGCUACACUUUCAGUACUGGACUGGAAAUAGUCUCUUGUAUAUGAAACGGACCAUGUCUAAAAUUUUAGAAGCGAAAUAUACAGAAGCGCCAAGUACUUAUGGUAGUUAAUGCCAGUCUAUAACCCCGAAAAACGCACUGCAUGGUUUAAAUGCCUUUCGGUUCCUAAUUGUCUUUACAUUUACCAUUUACCAUUACAAUUACCAUUCCAGGACAUCGAUUGUUGCGAUACAUGUGUGAAACAAUUCAAGUACAUUUGCAUUUCAAGUAAAGCUCUUUUUAGAAUAACCAAAAUAACUUACCUGUUGUCUUGCAUUUCAACAACUUUGUAACCCAGAAUAACGACAGAUAAGUAAUUAGAUUGCAUUUAAUUUCUUUUUUCAGUGCGAGAUCCAAAUCCAUGCAAGGUAAGAUGUAGCCAACGCACCUUUUAACUGGACCGUCCCAAAAACCGUUUUCUCCAGAGCAACAUUUGUAAUUUAUUUGAUUUAAUUACCUUGGGAAAAAUCCCAUUUUAUGCAUUACUAACCAAAAGGUAACAUGAAGGAAUUUAUAUUAGAGUCUAGAGAUUGAGUCAAGGUACGGCCAUGUACUGGUCACUGGUUGUAGAAUGGAACUUAAUAUAUUAAUUUACGGCAUGAGCACUUGUCUUUAACCUGGAAACAUUCUUGUGCCCCGAGCCCGUCUUUUGUCUCGUUAGAAACGAGCCGAGUAGCUCUGGGGACGAGAAUAUCUUGAAGGUCCAAGCAAUGGAAAUAGAUAAUCCUUACCUAUAGCGCGCGAAGGCCUGAAUUUCUGUGCAUUUCAUAAAUUGAAUAGUUCUCAGUGAGCUCAAGAAGAAGUAAGUCAUCAAUACAUAUCAUUUAUCAUUUUAACAGCAUUUGCAAUAACACCUUUAUAGCAGCUAAGUAUGCUAGCAACGGCUAAUUUUAAGUGAUCGUUGUUAUUUUUUGCGCUUAUAAUUGGCAUUGGGUCCCGCUUGGUAAACUAAAACCAGUAUAAUUUAACGUUUUUUGUAACCUGGACAACAGAAAUUCCAGUGCCCCGUUGGUCAAACCUGCAAGAUUCAAUACGUACCAUGUGUGAUGCCAAAAUGCAAGGAUGCCAUCGCCGUCAACAGACCGACAUGUGUCAAGGACCCAAAUGGUACGAAAAAAAUUUUAAUCUAAUAAUUGGUGUGGGAGAGGGUAGACAGAGCUUGAGAACAGGUGAGGGGAAGGGAGGAGAGGGGAGGGAAAGGGAGGGGACGGAAGGGGGAGAGAAUCUUCUCUCAGAUAACAAUGUAAAAUUUUGUCUGAUCGCCAUGGAAAUGUUUAGUGUCAGAGUCCCGAUGAUUGUUGGAGAAGAAAUAGGAAGCCGAAUAUAAAAGCACUAUCAGGGAAGGAAAACAGGAAAACUAAGAGUUAACCACGAGGACAAAACUUGAUAUGGUAUACAGGCAAAGAAAAGGGAAAAAAAAUAAGUCGGCAAUCCUAACAGAAGCGGUAGCUAGCCUACUAAGAAUUAUAACAACUCCCCAUGGGAGAUUAUAACUAAAUGUAUCACUUACAGCAAAACGAGAGACAGAAAGCACUAAAGCUGUCACGACGAAAGUUGGAUGAAUUUAAUGAAUAUUUAUGCUAUAUUUUGUUUCUCUUACACUUACUUUUACCGUUGGGACCUGGGUCCGUUUGUUGAUGCAGCUGUUCCUCCUCCAGGUAAGUAAUUAUUUUAAUGAAAAUUUUCUUAGUCCGCAACUAUUUUAAAGCAAGCGGCGCAACCAUAUGGUCUUCUUCUCGCAGUUUUUAUUAUUACGCGCACUCGACGACCUCUUAAGAGAAAGUAGAAGGUUUGUGAACAAGCUAAAGCUCUCCAAUUUUUUAUUUCUCCCUAUAAACUCCAUUUCCUAUUGCUAAUAGCUGGGCUAAAGGGACAUUAUUUGGCCCCUUAUCUAUUGUUUACCGAAAAUUUUGCGUAACCAUUGUCUCCGAUUUCUCAUGGGACGACUGCAAUACCCAGGAGAAAUUGAAAACCAUGGUUAUGCAAAAUUUUGGGCGGUAAACAAGGUGCAUUAUGGUCUCGGUGAAAGUUGACACUGGCUUUAAAAACUACAUUCGGAAAUUCCUUAGUUAGAUCACGAGUACCUGUACUCCUUGUUCAGCCAUUAUGUGAAGUCGAUCAAUAAAAAUAAUUAAAUCAUAUUUUUCCCAACAGCACCUCCAGCAGCACCCCCGGCAGUGCCUCCAGCAUCACCCCCUGUGUUACCUCCUGUAGCACCAGGGUACCCCGAACAGUCCAGCUUUGCACCCUCGCUUUACAAUCAACAACCACUGGCGUAUCAACCGCAGCCGCAGCAAUAUCCACAGGCCCCCCAGGCUUCCUUCAUGCCACAGCAACCCAUGGCACCCUUGCCACCCCUAAUGCCUCCUAUGUCACCUAUGAGUGCAUAUCAAAAUGACCAACCUGGUGGUGAAGCCAAUGCGCCAGCUGGUUUUACAGGAAAUCAACCUGAUCUAGAAACUGGUGUUAGCGAUGCUCCUUUGGCCAAAGCAUUACAAAACGAAAAUCAGCCGCUGGCCUUUCAGAACGACUCCCCACUUCCCAGUGAUCAAAGUAAUUUUCUUCCGCCACCGCCAGAGGCAAGGGAACAACAGCAGCCUUUAGUUAAUGAGCAAGCAAUCGCGCCCCCGGCGGCUAAUCCUAUGAUCGCUCCUCAGCCUCGCUGGGACCGAAGCACCUCACUCCAAUAA